AAAGCCCUUAAAGCAAAAAUAAUAUCGGGACCGUACAAAGGAACCCCGGGAAACAUAAAUAUCCUAACCUUUAAAAAACCGGUUACUUGCUUUAAGUACGGGCAGUUAAAUUAUAUCGUUGCAGCAUGCAAAAUACGAACGAACAACCCAAAAACCCCGUUGGCCCCAGCAACCACACAAAGGGCAAAGGGGAAAAGGCUUAAAGUACGGUAUUACGGGUAUAAAAAGCUGGGCCAUAUCCAGCCGGCGUGCCCCAAAAAAAGCAAAAUAUCGCUACCCAAUUCGAUACCGCUAUUUGGCCAUUUAAGCACCGGGGCUUAA